AUGUAUGGUUAUUACGACAGUGAUGGGUGCUUGAUCAUACAGAGACGAACUGUUGGAAGAAACCAAACAUUCAACAGGACAUGGGGUGGCUAUGAAUAUGGGUUUAGACGGCUGAAAGACAAUGGGUGGCUAGGACUACGCUUUAUCAACUUGCUCACCCGUCACAGGCGCUACAAGAUCCAGUUCUAUGUAGAGUAUGACGACGUGGACAACAAAAGAAUGAAGUAUCAUAGCGGUAAACGGUUCGGCACGUGGGAUGAAGAUACUGACAGGAGCUCUAUGAACUGUGUCACGAGUUUCGGCGGAGGAUGGUGUGAAACUUUCAUGCGUGUUAUUUCUGAUGUGAUGCUUUUCACUCUGUCUCGAUAUCAUGUGUGCCAUUUCUGA